CACAGGGCGAGAGCGCGUGUUUGUAUUAGUUGGAACUUGGAAAGAAAAAUUCUCCCUUGUGAGCCUACACCGUUGCCGUGCACCUCCAAGCAGGAGAUCCGAGCACACACCGAAACGCGCAACCAAACCGUUAGUUUCAGAGCCGAACAAACGGAACCACCAACAAGCCAAACACAAACCCACACUUCUUCUUCUGCUAACCCAAGAAAGAGAAAGAAACAGAGAAACAGGAAGCGAAAGAGUUCACCAUAACGCAGAGAACUCCACUUUUGAUCACACUCAGAGAUGGACUGUGCUUCAGUGGGAAGCGAAGAGUACUCUUUGUUGAAAGAUUUAAGACUCGAAAUUGAAGCAAAGGACGGAACUUUCUCUCUCUGCUUUUGGCUUUAUUUCACGACUUCCUCUGCAUUCCCCUCUACCAUUAUUCAGCAGGUUUACUCUGAUAUCUCUGAAAGUGCUCCUUUUCUUGUUAUUGAUGAUAACAAGAGAAUCCAUUUGUUACCAGUUCUGCUCUUACACGAAGAAGCUCCUGAUACCGGCAAUAUAAAUUCCUGGGCAGAAGUUCCACAUGCAACUAUUGAUUUUAAGUUUCCUUUGGAAAAAUGGGUUCAUGUUGGAUGUCAGGUUUGUCCAGAUUAUAUCCAGCUUCAGAUUAAUGGAGAGAUUGUAGGAGAGAAGUCUCACUGUUCCUUAUUAAAUGAAAAAUCUGGUUCAAGAGAUUUGAAGAAACUCACAUUGGCAAAUGUUGGCGGAGAUGGAAAUAGUGUACAGUGUUAUGUGCACAAUUUUGAAAUAUAUCCUACUAUUGCUUCUGUUAAGGAUUACCAUUUAAAGGACCCUCCUCUGAAGUUAUCAAUUGAUGAAUCAUCUGUCUCCGAGAUUGAAGAAGAAAGUGAUGGUGUUUGGGCUGUUGUUGGUGGCAAGGCAUCUUGUCGUAGGAACUUCUCUUUGGAUGUUGUUCUAUCAGAUGCUUUUGGACAGCCCGUAGAUAAGGAGAAUGAGGUUUUUGCUUCACUUUUGUAUGCCGACACUAGAGUUCUAGUGGAGAAUACAACUGAUGAUGAAGCACCCCUUUUAGCUAGUUAUGAUGGAAUUGAAUUUUCUUCUCGUGAAAGACCAAGUAAGCUUAUGCUGGGUCGUGCUUCGUUUAAGCUCAAAAUAUCUCAGGUGAAGAUGCCAACAAUGAAUGUGUGCUUUUGUCAUUUCCUCUAA